AUGUUUUGGUCUGCGGCGUUGGAUCUGAAGACGCAGCGGCCACUGGGUCGUCCGUCCUACGGUUCCUUCAGUCGCUCUUCCAGCAGCAGUAGCUUCCACAUUCCGCAGAGCAUCCCGGAGCACCAGCCGGUGUCGUUCACAUCCCCGGUGCCGGAUAAGCGCCGCGUCGAGGAGUACGUCGAGCGUCCCGACACGGCCUUCGCGCGCACGCGAGCGUCGCUGCAGCUCUCGGAGCGCACGCAGACGGCGCUCAAGAUGCUGCUGCAAGGUGAGCGUGAGCGCAAACCAGUCAAGGCCUCGGUCACGCCCAAGUUCGCACCGGACAUGUAUAGCAUGAGCAAGAUCAGUGGCUACAGCGCACUGCAGGCGCCUAUGAAGGAGCUGCCCGAACGCACACCACUGCUCAAGCCGCUGGCGCGCGCUCACGGUCAAGACGAACCCAAUCCGCAAGAUCACAACGAGCACAACUACUGGAUGCAAGAGCUGGAACGGCGCCGUGCUGGUCUUAAGAGAAGCAGACGCCGCACAUGCACCCCCAUGUCUGAGAGAGCCACCACAUCCCCCCUCAAAGUGGGCGUGGUCAUGUGCUCUGUGCCUCUGGUGCUCGUGCUGGGUUUCAUCCUCUUCGUGUUUGUAUUUGGAGGUGGAACUGACGCACCCAUGGACGUCAUGAGCAAUCUGCUGGGCAUUGGCGGCGACGAUGCAGACUCGAUUGCUGCUAAACAUGACGCCGCUGCAGACAACGUCGCUAGGACGUUUGCUCGUCCGCCAGAGGAGGUACGACUGGAAAAAGAGAGCCCCGUAAUGACAUUCGAUAUGUCGACAAACCUGCGCGGCGCUCUGAAGAAGAAGGCGGAGGAAUGA